CAGAUCACUCUAUUUUCAUACCUUUCAUCAUGUCAUGUUCUAGCAAAAUCUUUCUAUUUUUUCUUUCAUUUCUUCUAAUUCAUCCACUUGAAUCUGUUCCAAGUAUCAUCCCACUAAAUGGUUCAUGUACUGAUAAAUGUGGCAACAUUGUCCUAAAAUAUCCCUUUGGUUCUGGUUUUGGUUGUGGACAUCCUGCAUUUUCAAGAUUCAUAAAAUGCACUACUUCCGGAGUUCUUCAAUUUUCCACUACCUCUGGGAUUUACACUAUAUCCUCACUAGAUUACUCAACCAACACAUUUGUUCUAACUGACCCCUUUAUGUCAACAUGUUCCUCAAUGCAGAAUUCAGGCAGUUUUACAUUGGAUCAUGAUGAUUCAAGUUCAACUCCCUUUAGUAUUAUGAAACAAAACAUGUUUGUUUUACUAGGAUGUUCAACAACAUCAGCUGUGUUUGAUCCAAAACAGGACUUGUGUGAUAGCGGUUCGGGUUCUAAUGUAUGCAGGGGAAUGUAUUCUUGUAAAGGGGUGACUGGGAUUGGAUUAGAACCAAAUGAUCCAAUUUCAACAUGUUGUGUUUAUGAUCCACCAGUUCCUGUUGGUUCAGGUUAUGGUUUGAACUUGCCUAGGCUUCAGUGUUCUUCGUAUUCAUCGAUAUAUGGAUUUGGAGGUGAUGAAGGAGAUCCUAUGAAAUGGGAGUUUGGGAUAUCUUUGCAGUAUAAUAAUUCAUAUUAUGUUGAUGAGUCUUGCAAGAACUGUGAGGAUAGUGGUGGAUUUUGUGGUUUUUCUGGUGCAGAUGAGUCUUUUGCUUGCAUUUGUAGGAAUGGUGUUAACACUACUAUUAAUUGCUAUGGAAGAGGAUAUGCUUUGAGUGGGACAUGGAGACACAAGAUUCAAACAGGAAUGAGUAUUGGAGGAAUCUCUUUCUUUUGGAUGAUGAUGUUUUUCAUCUAAGGGGCAGAAGAGGAUUAUGAAGUGAAGUGCAAACGGUUCAUAUACUCUAUGAGAUUCAUGUCAACCAAGGUUAGACUAAUAAUUACUUAAUGUUGAUCAAAAGGCAAGAAGUUUAGCUCUGAAAUCAAAUUAUUGUUGCUUCUCAAUAUCAAUUCCAUGGUUACAGUGUAAAC